AUGACAGGUCCUGACAUUUUGGAAAACCAGGUCUCCAUAAAAGUCAGCUCCCGUCGUGCUCUCUCUGCUCAUUUGAGGUUGGCUGUUACUGGUGUUUGGAGCAGCAAUGGUCAUAUCUCUGAGCUGCCAACUGAAGGGACACAUCUCCUUUGCUCAGAGAAUUCUGUGACAUCUACAAAGGUCCACCAAGAACAAAGGAACCACACCACGGAACCUGUGAUAGAUGACUAUAAAAAGAUGGGGACUCUCUUUGGAGAGCUAAACAAAAGCCUUAUCAGAAUAGGCUUCACAAGGAUGUACUUUGGAGAACGGAUAGUAGAACCUGUAAUAAUUAUAUUCUUCUGGGUUAUGCUCUGGUUUCUUGGCCUGCAGGCUCUUGGACUGGUGGCUGUUCUGUGCCUUGUCAUUAUUUAUGUACAACAGUAAAAUUUUAUAGAUAUUAUUUGUAUUACGUAUUUCAACACUGUCACUAUGUCAGUGGAUUUAUGCAUUUGAGUAAAUGGGUGGUAUGUCAAAAGCUGCGAUGCUUCAAAUUGCUAAACUUCCAAUGAAGGGGACUAAAAUUACCUUUUAAGCCAAAUCAGCAGUGCCCUACUACAUCUUUUAGAGGGGAGAUAGGAGAUGUUUGUAAUAUAAUUGUGUGAAGUGUACUGUCUUCUGGGCUCUUGGGGCCUUUGCGGAAGGACUGGCUUUUCAUUUUCCCCUCCUUCUCCCCAUGUUCGUGCUUUGUAUAGUGAAAAUUUCAUGUCUGGUUUUAAGAGGACACUUGAUGUGAGUGCUCUGUUUCACUGCUGGGGGGGGCUUGUGUGCUGUUUGUUCCCUGAAUCUGCAUAAUUUGUUAGUGUUUUGCUGGAAAGCUAAGACUGCACAAGGGAGACCUGCAAUGACAAACAUUUGUAAGAUGAAUACAAUUUCCAGACACAAAAGCAACUUUGGCUAGUGGAGUUUAUAGUAAGCUCUCCCCCAGGAAACAAGCUGUACCAGCAAAAUGCCCUUAUACUAAUGUUAGUGACUUCACACAAACUUCAGCUGUUGUUUAGGAGAAAUUGCAGUCCUAUAUUGGCCAAGCGGUCUAAUGUUGCACUGCCUUGUUUUUUGGAAAUGUACACAGCUCCUGCUGCUAUUUUUCUUUCUUUAUUCUUUUUACUUGCUCUUUCCCCCAGCCCUCCUUCUUAAGAUAAAUAUUUGGAUAAUUCAUGGAGUUUGUAGGUAGUUCCAGCUGCAGUGUUGGACACUUGCCAUUCCAGACAAUAGUGCUAGAAUGUUGUCUGCUUCUUCUGGGUGGUGUGAGAAGUGGCUGAACAACCAGAUACUGGACCAGAUUUCUCAAUACUUCCCACAUUUGCUGCCGUGUGGGCCCACACAAGCUAAAGCUUUGUGCACCUAAGCAAACUGCACCUGUUUCCUUCAUACAAGACAAGAAUGGUGUUGAAACCAUGUGGGCAUUUUACUUAGUAGUUUUAACUGGCUCCUUUCCAUACUAGGCAGCAAAAAUGCCUGCCUAUAGGUGUAUGUCAUGGGCCACACAACCUAGAGAAUAGGUUAUAGAGAUUCAGGAGUGGAUGCAAAAUUCACUCAGCUCCCCAGUAGCCACCUCGGGUAUGCUGGGUAUUUCAAAGUUCUCUUCUUCUCAUGAAGAGAAACAGAAAAAUGGGCCAGAAUCUUUACUACUUCUACUUUAUUACUACUGCUAAAUAGGCUACCAAUUUAAUAUUUGUUGUACAUUACUUUUAGCAAGAACUUGAUUGCAGAAUUUGCUUCAUCUGUGGUAGAGUGAAAUUGCGUAUUUGCUUGGAGAUGUAAUAGGAGAUGUGAAAUUUACAGAAAAUUACUUAACCUUUUGCAGUGACUUUUUACCUAAAUGUUUUUUCAACAAUAAAUUAGUCAAAGAUGCUGUCUUAUUCAAAGACUUUUAAAGAUAAAGGAGGGUUCUCUAUAGUCCCAGUCCUGCAACUGGAUUCCAGGACUCCUGGCUCCAGUUCUUUCCAGUUAGGUCAAUAAUUGUUAUGUAUGGCAGUGAACAUGAAAGCCCAGCUCCUCUAGAGUCUUUUGUACUGAAGUGCCAUCUCUAGACAUGUCUAUGUGCUUUUCUGAUGACCAAGUAGUAUCCUUCUGGGGAGACAGGUCACCUCUCUGGAUCUUCAGAUGACCCUGCAUGUGGAUUCAAGAGGCUCUGCUGAACCAGCAGGACUACAGGGCUCUGGAACUGAGGCCCAGCUGUGUAGUUAGAUGGCAACCUGUGUUGAUUGGCACCUGGUUAAAUAGUUAUGCUGGUGGGAGGGAAACAUUGGUGUUUCUGGUACAGAGGGUUUUGUUGUUCAAAACUUGACGUCUCAAAGCAAACAGCAAGUACAGGCUGAACUCAGAGCCAGGAGCUCUAUACUCAAAAGUGCCUAGGGGUAAGCUUUGGGAUUUCUUCAAGUCCCCUAGAAGGAGAACAUCUGUUUACAUCUUUGUGUAUUUGUAUAGAUAAAAUAUGGGGUUAUGUGUAUUCUCCUCCUGUAUAAGGGCUGUGUUACAAAAGCACCCUGUUGUUAAAAGUUAAAAAUAAAAAUCAUCCUUUCUUUCUUCCCACAAUACAGUUACUGUACAAAGAAUCUCAUCUAAUUCCUUUCAUCCCAAAAGAAAAAGUGUGUCUGUGAUACCCUCGUUGCAGUCGUUCUCUUGUGUAAAAAUGCUGUGCUGUGAGAUGGC